AGACAAGACCCUGUAUCGUGGAAUGCAUCGUUUUCUGAGGCUUCUCGUGAUGUGUUGAAUAUCCGCUACACUCUCCUUCCCUACCUCUACACACUCAUGUUUUACGCCCACAGCGAAGGAAGUACAGUGGUCCGACCGUUGCUGCAUGAGUUUGUGAGCGACAGGAAGACGUGGGAUAUCCACAGACAGUUUCUGUGGGGCCCUGCUCUGCUCAUCAGCCCGGUCCUGGAUGAGGGCGCCAGAGAGGUACAGGGCUACAUCCCAGACGACCUCUGGUAUGACUUCCACACGGCCAAGGCUAUUGAGGUGAAGGGCCAGAUGAUAACCAUGCCAACACCUCUAGACCACAUCAACCUCCACGUGAGAGGAGGAUACAUCCUGCCCUGGCAGAAACCAGAGAACAACACACACUACAGUCGGAAGAAUCCUCUGGGGCUGAUCGUUGCCCUGAGCGACAAUGGAACUGCACAAGGUUCCCUGUUCUGGGAUGAUGGGGAGGGGAUCGAUACGUAUGCGAGUAAGCAGUACCUACACAACUCUUUCACAGUUGCUUCGAACACCCUGACCUGUCAUGUGAUGGUCAAUGGUCUGCCGGUGGCUGACAGGCUGACCCUGGGUGUGGUGAACGUGUGGGGGGUUGGCAGCGUUCCUGUCCCAGAGGUCACCCUACGAGAUGUAUCAGGCUCAGUCAAACACGUCACCUUUCAACACAACACCAGCACUAAGGUGCUGAUUGCUGAUGCCACUGAUCUAUCAGUCCGCAUGGACCAGGGCUUCACGCUCACAUGGAAAACAACCACCUAGUCACAUUCACAUAAACACUGCACUGCCAUACAAUGUGUUAUUUAAACAGUGGUGGAAAAAGUACCCAAUUGUCAUACUUGAAUAAAAGUAUAGAUUCCUUAAUAAAAAAAGUGAAAGUGAAAGUCACCCAGUAAAAUACUAUUUGAAUAAAGGUUUAAAAUGAUUUUGUUUUCUAUAUACUUAAGUUUGAAAAGUAAAUGUAAUUGCUAAAAUAUACUUAUAUAUCAAAAGUAAAAGUAUAAAUGAUUUUAAAUUCCUUAACACAAACCAACCAGCACCAUUUGUUAUUAUUCCAUUUUUUCUUUAACUGAUUUGCCAGGGGCACAUUCCAACACUCCAACAUAAUGUACAAAUGAAACGUGUGUUUAGUGAGUCUGCUAGAUAUUUUGGACCGUUUUCCUGUCCUGCUAGACACCCAAAAUGUAACGAGUACUUUUGGGUGUCAGGGAAAAUGUAUGUAGUAAAAAGUACAUUAAAAGUGAAAAUACACGUUGUCAGAAAUAUACAUAAUAAAGUAUAGUAUCACCAAAAAAACUAAACAAGUUAAGAAGCACUUUAAAGUAUUUCUAAUUAACUACUUGCCUUGUAUUUACAUUUUCACAAUCUGCAAUUGUCUGUUUGAAUAUCUCAUUUAAUUGUAAGUCAUGUGUAACACAAAUAAACUGACCUGAAAAAGAA